UUCAAAAGAAGAAUUUGACAGAUCUUUCCACUUAACCUUAGUUUUGUGUUGCUUAACCUUUAAAUAUUAAAGGGAUUUUCUUUAAAUAUUUAAUAAAAUAAAGAUUUACCAUGGAAGGGUGUCCAAGGAAACUUACCCCCGAAGAAAAAUACACUUUAAUUUCUAGAAACUUACAGGAAGUUUUGGGGGAGGAUAAAAUUAAAACUAUAUUGAAAGAAAGAGACCUAAAAAUAUAUUGGGGAACAGCAACCACUGGGAAACCUCACGUUGCUUAUUUUGUCCCAAUGUCAAAAGUAGCAGAUUUCUUAAGAGCAGGAGCAGAGGUGACAAUUCUGUUUGCAGAUCUGCACGCUUAUCUAGAUAAUAUGAAAGCACCUUGGGAGCUUCUGGCUUUGAGGACUCAAUACUAUGAACAUAGCAUUAAAGCUAUGUUGCGCAGUAUCGGAGUACCUCUAGAAAAACUUAAGUUUGUUAAAGGUACAGAUUAUCAGCUCUCUAAAGAAUACACCCUUGAUGUAUACAGACUAACUUCUGUAGUUACUGAACAUGAUGCAAAAAAAGCUGGAGCAGAAGUAGUAAAGCAGAUAGAGCAUCCGUUAUUGAGUGGUUUAUUAUAUCCUGGUCUUCAAGCAUUAGAUGAGGAAUACUUAAAAGUCGAUGCUCAGUUUGGUGGUGUAGAUCAAAGAAAAAUAUUUACUUUCUCUGAAAAAUAUUUGCCACAACUAGGAUAUACCAAAAGGUCUCAUUUAAUGAACCCUAUGGUUCCAGGGCUUACUGGAGCAAAAAUGUCUUCCUCUGAAGAGGAAAGUAAAAUAGAUUUAUUAGAUUCCCCAUCCAAUGUCAAAAAGAAGCUUAAGAGAGCUUUCUGUGAACCAGGAAACAUAGAAAAUAAUGGAGUGCUUUCGUUUGUUAAGCAUGUAAUUUUUCCAUUGUUUCAAGAAGGUGACAGUUUUACAGUGAACAGAAAUCCGGAGAAUGGUGGAGAUAUUAAGUUUGAUAAUUUUGAAAAACUAGAACAAGCCUUUGCCAAACAGGAAAUACAUCCAGCUGACUUAAAGGCAGCUGUGGAAAUACAAAUCAAUAAAUUAUUAGCACCGAUUAUAAAGGAUUUUGAGAAACCUGAGCUGAAGAAAUUGGCAGAACAAGCCUAUCCACAACCUGGAAAGCAAAAAAAUUCUAAUCAGACAAGCAGUAAUGUGGCUGAUGAACUAACACCAAGUAGGCUAGAUAUAAGAAUUGGAAGGAUAGUAGAAGUGUCAAGACAUCCAGAUGCAGACGCACUAUAUGUUGAAAAAAUUGAUCUAGGUGAAGAGAAACCCAGGACCAUAGUUAGUGGAUUAGUCAAUUUUGUGCCUAUAGAAGAAAUGCAAAAUAGACUAGUUGUGGUGUUGUGUAAUUUAAAAGCCGCAAAAAUGAGAGGUGUAGAGAGCCAAGGAAUGGUUUUAUGUGCAUCUACCGACGAUCCGAAACAAGUAGAACCACUUUUGCCGCCUGAAAAUUCAGCUCCAGGAGAACGAGUUUUUGUGGAGAACUACGAGAGUGGCACCCCUGACGCCGUUUUAAAUCCAAAAAAGAAAGUGUGGGAAAAAUUGCAGGUGGAUUUGAAGACCAACACUGAAUGUUUUGCGCAAUGGCAAGGGAACAAUUUGUUAACGAAAAAUGGCGAUAAGAUACGUAGUAAAACGAUGAGCGGUGCGCCAAUAAAAUAAGAGAAAUUUUCUUUUAGAGCUAAAGAAAUACAUAUUUGCAUUUUUACGAAAAUUCACUUUUAUAUUUAUUAUAAAUGCUUUAUUUACAUGAAUAAAAAUAAUGUUAAGCAUAGAA